CCGAGCGGCCAAUGGCGCAGCGCUUCGUGUAGGAAUCGCUGUCGGGGCGCGGGGGGACGGUCUGCGCGAGCGCUGGCGGCGGUUGGGCGGGAGCGGCGCGCGGGGCGCUGAGGGGCAGCGGCCUCUGUGCUGGAGGCGGCGGCGGGCGAGGGCUGAGGAACCAGAGAAAUGGCCACUACGCAAUCUGUCUUCACAUUUGCUCUCUGCAUUUUAAUGAUUACUGAAUUAAUACUGGCUACAGAGAGCUAUUACGAUAUCUUAGGAGUUCCAAAAAAUGCAUCUGACCGGCAGAUCAAGAAGGCAUUUCAUAAGCUGGCUAUGAAAUACCACCCAGACAAAAAUAAGAGUCCUGGUGCAGAAGCGAAAUUUAGAGAAAUUGCUGAAGCAUAUGAAACAUUAUCGGAUGAGAAUAAACGAAGAGAAUAUGAUCAGUUUGGCCGUCAUGGAGGACAAGGAAAUAAUGGAAGCCCGUUCCAUCAGUCAUUUAAUUUCAACUUUGACGAUCUGUUCAAAGACUUUGACCUCUUUAGUCAAAACUCACGAUCAAAAAAGCACUUUGAAAAUCACUUCCGAAGUCAUCGGGAAGCUCACAAUCGGCAAAGACGUUCUUUCCAAGAGUUCUCCUUUGGAGGUGGACUGUUUGAUGAUGUGUUUGAAAAUAUGGAAAAAAUGUUUUCGUUUAGUGACUUUGAAAAUGCACACCGACAUGCAGUGCGAACUGAUACCAGGUUUCAUGGAUCCAGCAAGCACUGUAGGACUGUCACCCAGAGACGAGGAAACAUGGUUACCACAUAUACAGACUGUUCUGGACAAUAAUGAUUCCUUUCUUUUCAUGUUUUUUCUUCUUCUUUCAACAUCUUCAUAAUCUUUCUUGGGUUUCUGCUAACAUCGAAAAAAUUAUUUGAACUGUUUAUUCUGAAAAACACUUAACUGCUAUGAAGAAAUUGUAGAUGAAACUAAUCUGCAGAAUAGAAACAACAUAUAUUUGGGAAGUAAAUGUCUUGGUAACUACUUAGAAUGGGAGAGAAAUAAUCUCAUGUGACAGAAAAAAUUGCAUGUCUUUCAGUUUAGUAAACACUGAGCUUCAACACAAGAUAUAUAUUUUUAAUUUCAGUAAUGUAAUAUAAUUUUUUCAUAUAUGCCAAUUCAGGACUGUUUGAGUUACUGGUGCAUGGAUUGCAGCAGAGGAGAUAGUUUAAUUUUGAAGUGCUGCUUUUUUUUUUUAAAAUCACAUUUUUCCAAGUUUUCACUCGCAGUUUUUACCUGAUAUGGACUUAUUGUGCAAAUUAGGUAAUUUAACCAAAAUAGCAGCAGAAGUAUGACUUACCUUAGUCUUUGUUACUCUGUCCAGCAUUGCAAAUGUAUUAAUAAAAAACCCCAACUUUUUGAAGUUGGAAAAUAACAAGAGGGAAUAUGUUAAGAUCGUGCUUCAUCUAGGAGAGUGAUGUAGGAAUUACUUUUAUUUCAGAAUAGCCUUUCAUUGAUCUGAAAAGAUUUUUAGGAAUUGAAUAACCUUUGACUUAUUAAAGGGCUAUUAAUAUACGUAAGUUUGUGUGCACACAAGAUCUUUUUUUCUUCCAAAAUACAAAUAUCUCUUUAACAAGGUUUGGAAGACCAUACCGAAAACACUCUUGUUUUUUGCUUAUUGUAUUAUGACGUGUGCAAUGUAGUUUCUGCAGCUCAGUUUAUUGAACUUCAGAUACUCCUCUGUGCUCUUGUGAACUUAAACAAGAUAAGCUUGCCUACAGAUUCCUAGUGUUUCUGGAAGGUCAAUAGAUUGUGUUUAGAUUGACAGAUUUAUUACGUGUCAGCAGGAAUUUUUCAGUGUUGUGAUUUGAAUGGUAAAUUCUUAGCAUAAACACGGAGUAAAACUGAAAAUUACGAUUGUUGUAUUCAUCUAAUUCCUUGUGGUGCUGGAAUCUGAUAACAAGGACAGUGCUAAUGGUAUCAGUUUCAGCACCAUGGAAAUCCAUGACCCAUCUAAACUCUUUGAAACUAAGAAAAAAAAAAAAACAACAAAAAAAACCCCCAAGCAAACAACUCAAAAAUAAAUCCAGAACAAACUCCCUGAAUAUUUUAACUGAUGUCAAUACAAAAGUUGUUUUCUUUCUUAACUAAUAAUACAGUUUUAAUAUAUUAAACUGGUUCGCCUUAAUAAGAUUGCUGUCACCCACAUAUUGUUGUCCCUUUAGAAUUGUGAGAUAAGAAUUUACCUUUCAGAUUGAUUAUGUGAGCAAAAUGAGCAUUUUAAACAGCAGUGUUCUAAAUAGGCUUUGAGCUCUUAAAAUCUUUAUCAAAAGAGAUUUAACCCUUUGCUUCUUGGAUGGAUAUUGAAAGCUGCCUAUUUGCUAAGUAACUUUAACCUUCCCCUCAAGGGUACGUAUUAUUGCUUGUUCAGUUUUCAUUCACUAAAUACUUGGAAUGGAUUGUUGCAUUAUAUUAAGUGCUUUUCCUCUUCCAUGUUCUUCUUUAUUUAUUAAUAGACUAAUACCUCAUAUAUGGUCUUUAUAAAAAGCCAGUAAUUUGUGCAACAUUAUUAGAAUGUGCAAUAUUCUUAUAGUAGGAAAAGUGCUGGAGUGAGUGUGUUUGUGUUAUUUCCACCCUUUUUCUGUGUAAGUAGAGAGUUUUAGUUUCUUCUGUAUAAUUAAUAUAUGAUUCAACCAAAAGUUGAAAUUCUUGCGGAUUUCUGCAUUUUUUUUCUUUAACAUAGUCCAUCAGUCCUGUGCAUGAAUCAAAUUAUCUGCCUGAUUUGUAUCAUGUGGGCACCCAAGUGAACAAAUUAUUGACUUAAAGUUCUGAAUUACUGUCUUUUACAAAUACCAAGUUUUGUAGAGGGCAUUUCUGUUUGCAUUUGAGAAUUGUUCACACUGAUAAGACUUUGGCAGGAUGUGGCCUUUAGUAUUAAAUAUAAGAGAGUAUUUAUUAGUGAAUGUCCUUUAGGGAUGGUGACUGCUGGAACUUAGAGGUGGGAGGCAACUCUAGAAGCAGGAUGCAAAGGUAACAUGUUGAUGCCUUUCUUAGUCUAGUGAAUAUUUUCUUAAUUUAAAAUUAAAAACAAAAAAAGGAAACAGCAGAAUGAGCAGUUCCGUAGUGUGGGAGAAGGAAUAUUUAAAGUUCCUACUAGAACCAAACCACUGACUUCUCCAAAGAUAGGAUUACCUCCUGACUUAGAGAAAUAAAAGCUAAAAUGAGCACUGUUAACUGUAGGAAACGCAGCCACCCCCAAAAUAUGUCUCUCUCAAGUGACUGUACGAGUUCAUCAUCUUUCAGGCUAACCUUUUUAAGUGAAAAUCAAGGAUCCUUGGCUGCUUCUAGGUUAUCUUCCCCUCUUUAAGGAUGCUCCAAACUUUAAAGAGUUAAGGAAAACAAGUACACUUUGUAUGAAUAAAGUCAAACUAUGAAACUGAUAAUAAAAUGAUAGGGUUGCUAGUUUUCUAGCUGACAGUACCUUGAAAAGACUUCUGCCUGGUCUAUUUUUAUCUGCUUCUAUAUUAGUUCUCUUAAUUACUUGUCUUAGGAAAACUAACAAAUACUGCCUAUUAUUCCUGUGGCUUCUCAAAGUGACCUUUCUGCUUGUUUUGGUUGUAGAUCCAAGGUAAAAUCCAAAGGAGAGCUCAUCAUUAGUAUCAAAGAGUCUAGUGUGUUUGCUGUCCAUGAGAGUUUCUCUGAUGGCUGUACUUCGAAUAGACUUUAGCUGAAGAAGUCAAGGCAGGCUUUCUUCAGCCAGCCGUCUUCAGUUCCAUGGCUGUCGGAACACAAGCUUGCAAAACAUGUUGUGCUUCUUACUUAUUUAGAGCUCUUGCACAUUCUUUUCCUAUUUAUAGUGUUUGCUUCAUGGCAAGCGCUCCAGCGGAAGUCCUGAUAUAACCUUACAACACCCCUGACUUCAGAAGUAUCUUAAGUGCCAUCUUUGAUCUCCAUAUCUUGUGAAAAGACCCAGCAAAACCUUUUUUUUUUUUUGUUGUGUGAGGGUGAAAAAUACAAUUCUUAACAAUUUUUUCAAAGGCAUUUAUGCAUAUGUGACUCCAAAUGGUUGAAUUUCUAAAACUUUACCAAAAACCAGUGUAUUUUUUCAUGCUUUUUUUUUUCCCCAUUAUACUUUUGAAACACAGUAUCUAGUGGAGAUGAAAGUACUGUAAACUGAAUUAGUGUGCCAUUACAUUAAACAUGUGAAAAUUG